AUGUUUGAGAAGCUGAGGGGAAGAGAAAGACUCACACUUCACCGCUGUCAGCACUGUGACAAAUCCUUCGCAACAUCUAGAUAUUUAAAGAUUCAUCAGAGAGUUCACACUGGAGAGAAACCGUACAGCUGUGACCAGUGUGGGAAAACUUUCACUCAACCUGGUAACCUAAAAGUGCACCUACGUGUUCACACUGGUGAGAAGCUGUACAGUUGUGACCAGUGUGAGAAAGCUUUCAGUCAACCAGGUCACCUAAAAGUGCACCUACGUGUUCACACUGGAGAGAAACCAUACAGCUGUGACCAGUGUGGAAAAGCUUUCACUACAUCAAGUAACCUAGAAAUUCACAGACGUGUUCACACUGGAGAGAAACUGUACAGUUGUAACCAGUGUGAGAAAGCUUUCAAUCAACCAGGUCACCUAAAAGUGCACCUACGUGUUCACACUGGAGAGAAACCAUACAGCUGUGACCAGUGUGGAAAAGCUUUCACUACAUCAAAUAACCUAGAAAUUCACACACGUGUUCACACCGGAGAGAAACCGUACAGGUGUGACGAGUGUGGGAAAGCCUUUACUCAGUCAGGAAGCCUAGAAAGCCACAGACGGGUUCACACUGGAGAGAAACCAUACAGCUGUUACCAGUGUGGUAGAUCUUUCACAAGAUCAGAUGUACUGAAGUUGCACCGCCUUGUUCACUCUGGAAAGAAACCGCUCUGCUGUGACCAGUGUGGGAAAGCUUUCACUACAUCAUGUGACUUGAAAACACACAUACGCGUUCACACUGGAGAGAAACCGUACAGCUGUGACCAAUGUGGAAAAGCUUUCACUACAUCAGGUCACCUAGAAACCCACCGCCGUUUUCACACUGGAGAGAAACCGUACUGGUGUGAACAAUGUGGGAAAGCUUUCACAACAUCAAGUCAACUAAAAACCCACCAACGUGUUCACACUGGUGAGAAACCGUACUGGUGCGAACAAUGUGGAAAAGCUUUCACUACAUCAGGUCACCUAGAAACCCACCGACGUGUUCACACUGGCGAGAAACCCUUCUGGUGUGAAAAAUGUGGGAAAGCUUUCAAUACAUCAGGUCAAUUAAAAAUCCACCAACGUGUUCACACUGGAGAAGAACCACUGUACAGCUGUGACGAGUGUGGGAAAACUUUUACUCAGUCAGGUAGCCUAGGAAUCCACAGACGUGUUCACACCGGAGAGAAGCCGUACAGCUGUGACCAGUGUGGGAAAGCUUUCAGUAGAACUGGUGACCUGGCAAUGCACAGACGUGUUCACACUGGAGAGAAACCGUACAGCUGUGAACAGUGUGGGAACGCUUUCACUAGAACAAGUGACCUGGUAAAGCACAGACGCAUUCACACUGGAGAGAAACCAUACAGCUGUGACCAGUGUGGGAAAGCUUUCACUAGAAAACAUGACCUGGUAAAGCACAGACGCAUACACACUGGAGAGAAACCGUACAGCUGUGAACAAUGUGGGAAAGCUUUCACUAGAACAGGUGACCUGGCAACGCACAGACGCAUUCACACUGGAGAGAAACCGUACAGCUGUGACCAGUGUGUGAAAGCUUUCAUUACAAGAAGUGAUCUGACAAAGCACAGACGCAUUCACACUGGAGAUAAACCGUACUGGUGUGACCAAUGUGGGAAAUCUUUUAAUACAUCAGGUUAUCUUUAUGUCCAUCAACGUGUUCACACUGGAGACAAACCGUACUGGUGUGACCAAUGUGGGAAGGCUUUUACUGCAUCAGGUUAUCUAAAGUUGCACCAACGCGUUCACACAGGAGAGAAGCCGUACAGCUGUGACCAAUGUGGGAAAGCUUUCACUAAAUCAUGUUAUCUAAAGUUGCACCGCUGCGUUCACACAGGAGAGAAGCCGUACAACUGACCAAUGUGGAAAAACUUUUCUUAACAUUCAUUCUCUUAAUACACAAGAACAUUCACAAUGCAUUGUGCUAAACAUUUCGUUUCUAGAGCCAAGCUGUGUAUUGCCUCCUGCUUCUCCUCCCAUUGCCCUAAAUCCAAACACUUGUUAUUAUGUGACUAUGAUGGAGUAGUAACAUGUGAUGACACUUGGCUCACAAGAACGAGACGAGAUUUCAAUACUAUUUUUUUAGAAAUCAAGCUGAACUAUAUGAAUUUAUAUGUCCUGCUUUCUGGUUAAAAUGUCUGCAACAAUUUAUAGUAGAAAUCUUUAUCUAAAGGGAAAAAUUCAGGUGGCAGUUGACAAUUCAAAUGCUACAGAACCUCAAGCAGUGCAGCAAUCAGUCAUUCUGUGCUGCUUUCAGAUCUGUUUCUCAUGUGAUAAACUUUUCUCAUGAAAUAUCAUCCCUGCUGAGUCAUAAUUUAGUCUUCCCUCCUCUUUGUGUCUGUUUUUGGGGAAGGAAGCUCUUUAAAUGUGCGUGUGGCACCUUUUCACCUCCAAUGAGAAAUGAAAAAAACUUCUGCCCAUUCAGACUCUCUCUCACAUAUGUGUUCUCUGACAUGUCCAGGAAAAAAAUCAUUAUAUUACGAGAGUAACUUCAUCAUUUAAUGAGAAUUCAUAAUAUUUUAAGUCUACCUGCCCUUUACCCUGAUGUGCAUUACGUUUUUGCUCCGCUGGUAGUAUCCCUUUCAGACCAUUUGACUGACAAAGUUUUGGACUGCAUGUUGUAAGUGAAACCAAAAUUAAAUGAAAACACAUCAGGCAGAAAUCUCUCCACAAAUCCACACGUUAACUUCAGCACCUCAAUCAAGUGCAGCUCACUGUCCCACACAGAUCAAAGUCUACCAGCUACGUUACCACUUGGUCACAACUGUAGGGACUCCUUGUGCAAGAGCAGGUUCACUUGAUUACCAUCACGGCAUACGCUGGUGUCGUUUCAGGUGGGAGGAGUUAAUUUGCUCCACCAGCUGAUGUUAUCAAUUAUAAAUUUGUUUUUCAUUCCAUGAGAUAAUUGUGUGUCUGUGACACUGAUGAUUUUGACCAGUCGGCCUGAAUAAUGCUUUGAUCCCCUAGCUGGCUCACUACUAAAGAAUGUCUCUGUUCUACAAAAACAGCUAAAGCUAAUUUAUUCUAUCUACUAAGGAUGUCUGCUUAAACAGUAAGAUGAGAGCAUUCAUUGAUGAACGGACAGUUUGUUAUAAACUUAAAGUGACCAUGGGACGGCCAAAGGGGGAACUGUAAUGGAAACAAAUGGAUUUUACCUGUAUGUACUUUUAUUAAUCCUCUAUAUGUCAUUACCUUAUGUUCUUUGCUCAUCUUAUGUGGUGUUAUAAUUUCCACUUAGUGUACUAGUGUUUUGAUAUAAUGACCUUCUGUGAUUGUUUUGUCUCAGGCUUUCCUGUAAGAAAGGAGUUUCCACUGUGGAUCAAGGCUGAGAAAGGCUUUUCUGUUAGACUCCACAAUUAUUCUCUAGCAUUAAAUGUAUUCUCUGUUUCUCUGGGUCAGACUCUAAUCUCUAAACACCUCUGGUGAAUGAGCUCUACCCAGGGUACCCCCGGGGUCUUAAAAGUAUUAAUAUAGUGUUAAAUUUUGAAUUCUAAAAAUAAGGUCUUAAAAGCAUUAAAUUUUAUUUACAU